AUUUCAGCCGGCCCCACUAAUCGCCCCUCGCGUCGCUUUUCUUCUCCUCUCGCAUUCCAGAAUAUACCAUUAUCCAGAAAAAUGCUGUUCUACGUGGACAUGACAGGGUCGCGCUGGCUCGAUCUGCCUCUGGAAGUCUGGGCAGAGAUCCUCGGAUACGCAGUACCGGUUGACCCGCCCGAGCGUCACCCGAACCUGGAGUCGUACUUUGAACAGAUCGUCCACCGGCCCGCAGCAAUCAUCCAAGCCAAUGGAAGCUUGCGCCAAUACCUGCUGCACGCAUUUUACAAGCAUGCAGCCUACUGCGGGAAAAGGAGGCAGCUACUGGUACCUUCGGCCGCACUGCCACUGAUGCGCAAGCUGGUCAUCGGCAUCCCUUUCAAAUCGCGUGCGUUCCGCACAAUGGUACGGGGCCUGCAUAUGCUGCCCGAGGAGGCGCGCCACGGCCUGACGUGGCUGGGGCUGCGUUUGGGCGAACGAGCCAAGCUGUCCGAGUCGGAGUUCGGCUCGCUUGCAAAAGGCGUUCCCGAACCUGCAGAAAGUCGUCGUGGAUGUCGCAGCCGAACACGCAGUCCACAAGGAGCUGCACAGCGCGGUGGUAGGACAGAGCAAAGCGCACGUGGUCUCGUUGACCAGCCGCGGCCUGGCCGGGAGCAGUGCAUUGCGGGCGCUGGUGCUUGCGGCUGUCACAGCACCUGGAGAGCUUGGACGUGGGUACUGGUAUCGUGGUGGGCCUUUGGUGCGGAUUCUGCAGCCGACGUUCCAUAGGCAGGUGCGAUUCCCGCACCUGCGGGUUCCUGCGCUUUGGCGUGGCAUUGCCGGGCGCCGAGACGGUCAGUGUUCCACCGGUGUGCCAAAUGCCGCGCCUUGAGCACCUGCACAUGGAUCCGGAAUGUAUGCAGGCAUGGCAGCCCGACGUUUUC